AUCGACGGCUGGUUCAGCGGCGUUUUUUUUUUAAAAUAAUGGCAUUUUUCGAGAAAAGUCUUUACACGGCCAUCUGCUCCGGUAACUUAACGGGCGUUGAAAAGUUUAUCAAACAUGGAUUAAGUGUAAAUUAUGUGUUCACGGACAGUGAGAUUUUAGGCAAAACUUUGUUAGAGGUAGCAGUCACGAGUGGCCAGUGCAGUAUUGUUAAAUUUCUGGUCAAAUUAAAGUGCGAUCCAAAUUUGAAGAUGGUGGCGAAUGUGGAAAACUAUAACGUAAAGCUGGAACCUUAUAAAAAACAAAACCGUCUAAAGCUGUCUUGCUUGUAUCCGUGUAUUGUUAAAGCUGAUGUUGAUAUGAUUCGACUUCUGGUGCAAGGUGGGCUGGAUGUGAACAUCUACGACGAUAGAGGUUGCACUCCGCUGUGGCAUGCUGUCGACCUUGACAAUUACCAAAUGGUGAAAACUCUAGUGACUAGUCCUGCAUGCGACGUCAAUAUAUGUGACGUAACAAAUCUGUUCCCAUUGCAUGUCGCGGCGCUUCACUCUAAUGUGAAAAUAGCUUCUCUUUUGGUGCAAAAAGGCGCACGGAUCGAUGUUUUGACGGUGCGAGGUUCAACACCACUAACCCUCGCAUGCAGAUCAAACAGCUACGAAACAGCCAGGCUACUUCUGUUGAACGGGGCCAAUCCAACACACAGAGGUACUAACGGACACACUCCUGUUUCCGCAGUACUCGAAUCGUGCCCAGAUCGUAAAAUUCUCGAAAUGUUAAUUGAAGCAGGGGCUUGUAUAGACAAAGCUGACAUAGAAAAAUGCAUGAAAGAAAAGAUCCAGCUCUUGUCUUCUGACCCCGCUGUCCUGGAGAUCCUGAAGGUUUUGGCACACACCCCGAGGAGUCUCAAGAUGCAGUCUUGUCUUGCAAUAAGGAAAUAUAUCAUUGCAGCCAGAUCAACUUUGCAUAUCGUGGACAAAGUUCAGCAGCUCAGAUUACCAAACUGUAUGAAAGAAUUUUUACUUCUGAACCAUUUAUGA